GAGCAGGUUUGGGGAUUGUUGAAUGCUGUGUGGCCGCGUCCGGGUAGGUUUCCCUUAUUCAAUGGCAUAUGGCAUAUGCGCGUCUGGAGAGUUCAUGCUAAUUAACGUAAUACAGAUCUAUUGGUUAUCGGAAUGGGAGCUACGAUGGUUCCCCUCUCGCCCGAUACGAAACGACAUAUCAAUUCGCUGGGUGUUCGUGUUGAAGUGCUGGACACGAGGAAUGCGGCUGCUCAGUUUAAUCUGUUGGCGACUGAGAGGGGUGUUUCGGAGGUUGCGGCGGCGAUGAUUCCUAUUGGGUUCAAGGGGAGGUGAUAUAUUUUUCAUCUUGCUCUGCCUGAGGAAUGACUGUAUGUAUAUUAUGUACUUCUAAUCUACGCUCAUGUAUCGUCUCAUAUUUGUUGCCUUUUAAUGGAGUAGUGUAUAUCGCAACAUCCAAUGCUUGGACUCGAUGUUUGUCUAUGCCACCUAUGUAUCUGUCGAUCCAUAGCCUAUCGAUCAACCAAACAACAAGUCCACAUCUGCAAUCUCCAAGUAUAUAUUAUUAUCCCAUUGGAUUGAACCCGAACUUAAAUUUGAAUUCGUCGCCGUUCGCGAUCCCAGUGGUGUAGCUUCUGGCUGAAUCAGUUUGCGCUUGAACGGCAGCAUGCUGGGAAGAUAUC